AUGGAGCAUCUUCCCUCGCUGUGCACGGUGGCGAAAGAGUCGCUCUUCACGGUGCCAGGGAUAGUCUGCGUGGGCGCUGCGUACCUCACAGCAGUGCAGCUUCUUCGUUUCAGGAGGAUUCGCAGUCUGGAGAAGCAGUAUGGGUACCAUACCCGCGAGUCAAUGAGCAAGAUGACCAACGACGAGGCGUGGGCGAUUCAUCAGACCAUGAUGACGCUUGAAUUUCCGUUCUUCACGCUCAAGGGACUGCAGUUCGCACUGUUCAAGACGUAUGGCAUUCCUACUAUCUCGAGGCUGCUGGUGCAAACCUCGGAGCUGUCCAACCCGCAAACAUCAUCAAAGCGAUAUAUGGACACUUCUGUCCUCAUCAACGAGUUUGUGGCAAACCCGCCAACCUCAGAAAGGGCACUUGAAGCACUCGCCCGCAUGAAUUAUAUACAUAGCCAGUACCGCAGAGCAGGUAAGAUACUGGAUGACGACAUGUUAUACACUCUCAGCCUGUUUGCACUUGAACCAACCCGAUGGGUGAACCAGUAUGACUGGCGCAAGAUCACCGACCUAGAGAGAUGUGCGGCGGGGACGUUCUGGAAGAGCAUAGGAGAUGCGAUGGAAAUCAAGUAUGAUAAGCUGCCGUCAGCCGACACGGGCUUCAGAGACGGAAUACACUGGCUGGAGGAGAUCGAUGCCUGGAGCAGGGAGUAUGAACGCAGGUGCAUGGCUCCAGACAAGAACAACCAUGAGACGGCCAACGAGACCGUGGAACUGCUGCUUUAUAAUGCCCCAAAGUUCUUACACCCCGUCUUGUGGAAGGGCGUCAUUUUCCUGAUGGAGGACCGUCUCCGGGUUGCGAUGAUGUAUGUGCUUUUGAACACCCCCGCUGUUACACACGCCCUUGCAAUUACAAGUUCUAGCCCACCUAACCAGAUCGUGACCAGAUAUGAGCGCCCCGAGUGGAUAUACCAGUUCAUCUUCGCAAACACCCUUGCACUGCGCCAGUUCGUGGCCCGCCAUCUUCUACUACCCCGCCCCUAUUGGCGCCGCUCCGUUCGCCAUUCCGAAGGGGGUGACGAUGGCUCGAGACCACAUAGCGUUUUAGCCUGGGACAACGCGCCCUACUAUGUCAAGCCCACGCUAUGGAACCGCUGGGGACCGGAGGCACUGUACACUCGGCUGCUGGGCAAGCCGGUCCCUGGUGACGAUGGCGAUAAGUAUUUUCCGAACGGGUUCGUCACUCCGAGCGUGGGGCCGCAGCGGUUCUUGGGCAAGGGUGAGGAGUAUCACGGUCAGAUGAUGAAGAAGCUGCAGGCUGAGCGGACGGGACAGUGUCCUUUUAUGCGAUGA